AUGACAACCGACGGGAGGUUCCUACACCUCCCCCGAACACCUCCUUCAACACUUCAAUCAGCAUAUCUCCUCAACCUUUGGCUCUCCCUCUUAUCAAUUAUACUCAUCCGCAUCCUCACCGCCGUCAAAACCAAAAGUCCCAGCUCCUCUGUCACAAUGGCCGAAGUCACUACCACCACUACAAUCUCCCUCGCAACCCAGUCCGCAGACCACAUCAGGGCACAGCUUCCCCCCGCUCUCUCCAGCCCUCGUAUCGGUAUCAUCUGUGGGUCCGGACUCGGCGGUCUCGCAGAGACGCUCCACAGCUCUCCUCAAUUCGAAAUCUCUUACACCAAGAUUCCCAACUUCCCCCAUUCCACCGUUGUCGGUCAUGCCGGUAAAUUCGUUUUUGGCCUCCUCGGCGAGAAGAAGACCCCCGUCGUGAUGAUGGUUGGCCGCGUACACUUCUUCGAAGGACAUUCGAUCGAGAAAGUGACCUUCCCCACCCGCGUCAUGAAGCUUCUUGGUAUCAGCACCAUCAUUGUCACCAACGCCGCCGGCGGGCUCAACCAGUCCUACUCCGUCGGCGACAUGAUGAUCAUCAACGACCACAUUAAUCUUCCUGGUCUCUCUGGGGCGCAUCCUCUCCGAGGACCCAAUGAAGACGCCUGGGGCCCGCGCUUCCCCGCUCUUUCGGAUGCAUACGACCUCGAGCUGCGAAAGGUUGUGCACCAGAGCUAUAAGAAGCUGCCGGGCACGACAGAGACCCGGAAGCUCCACGAGGGCGUGUAUGUAUUCGUGUCUGGACCGUCGUACGAGACCCGUGCGGAAUGUAGGAUGCUGAGAAUGAUGGGCGCGGAUUGCGUGGGUAUGAGUACGGUGCCUGAGAUCAUUGUGGCGCGGCACUGCGGGCUUCGGGUGCUGGCAAUGAGUCUGGUGACGAAUAAGUCGGUAUUGGAGGAGGGACCAAGAGGUGAUGCGGUCUUGGUCGAGGGGAAGGAUGGUGGCGAGCUGAAGGGUGUAAUGGAGAUGGGAAAGGCAAACCAUGAGGAGGUUUUGGAAACUGGGAGGGAGGCAGCGAAAGAUAUGCAGGCGCUGAUCAAGCAAUUUGUGGACGAUAUCUCGGGAUAG